AUGUCGUCUCACAAGUCCACCGUCAUGAGCCUUGCCAGGGAUGUCAAGUCUGCUUCACUUAAGGACCGCGAGAAGGCCAUAGACGGGGACAAGGGCUAUCACGAAAUCUUCGAGGCCAUCUUCAGUUUCGUUCUCCGCGAGAAACCCAGCCUAUAUGAUAAACGGAAAUCACAGGCCACCUCGAGCGCUGCUUCCUCCCGCCUCUCGAAAUGUGCUGCCGCCGUGAGAAUGGCCGUCGGCCGUGGCACCUCCAAGUUGGGACCGAAAACGUUGCAGGCCGUUAUUGAUCACAUCACUCAAGUAUUGCCAGGUCCCAACGAUGAUUUUGUAAUGCCUCUUCUCCAAGAUUACGUCAAAGCGUUGGCGGAACUCCUCUCACACUCAGCUCACGUCGAGCUACUUGCUCGUAAGGACGGUGCCCCGUGGAAGGCCUGUGUGGAUUUCUUCCUUGAGCUCAUGGCGCAUGUGCUCCCCGAAGAAGGGGAUUUCUCCGCAUUUUCGUCUAGAGCUUCACCUGUCCCGGAACCAUUGGUAUUGAGAUCCACUGCAAAGGCAGACUCUUCCACACCGAUUCAGAGGCGGGCGGGACAAGGCGAAGGGGGCCCACUAAGAGAUUCAUUGGAGGGUCUUCGAUAUCUAGUCCAGGGCGCCAAUGCCCCGAUUCUACAACGAUCCAGAGAGGUAGUCGAUACUGCUCUCAGGGCACUCAAAGUUAAACAUUUGAGUCUUGGUGCUGUCCAGACUCUUUGCUUCGCCAUCCUGAACACAGUGUUCUCCAGCCUCCAGGGCGAAGAACGCGAACAGGCCAGUUCAUUAGUCAAGGGCGUUGUUCCUCUGAUGGCUUACUGGUGGAAGGCGGAUAAGGUGUCGCAAGACGAGCUUAUCAGAGCACUUAGGAACGAGAUAUCCAAGUGUAUUUUCCUCACCCACCUCUACCUCGAGUUCUUGACCCUUGGCCACAAUGAUGGAUGGACCUUUGCCAGUGUCCUGGAGGAUCUGGCAGACCAAUUGUGGCAAGAAUACUCAAAGAGGAGCGAAGCCGUCCGCCUGCAACUAAUCGAUGUUACCUUCUCGUUAUCCUCUUUGCCUGGCAAUCACAUGCGGAACUCUCUCUUUGGGCUUCGGCCACACAAUAUCGAGGGAGAAGGCUACUGGGCUCUUGUCCAGAAUCUGGCAAUCUUGGAGUCGAUUCUUCUAAGGUCAAGUAGACGGGCAGACGGCCGAUCUGGCGGCAAUGAUGAACAGCCCCGAAAAAAGCGACGCACCCAGGAAGAAUUUAGCAGGCUACGGACAAAGCUCAAAUCAAAGCACACCGGAACUCGCCGUACAGCCCUUCAAAUGGUGCCUUUUCUGCUCGAUACAAACGCUCUAGGUGAGAAUGAAACUGCUGAGCUACUCGGGGAGCUCGUUGUUCUUGGAUCCGACAAGGACGCCAUCAAUUCUUCCUGGGCUCUUAUAGCUUACUUCCAAACGCCAGCCAGAGCACAUGCAACUAUAUCAUCCGGUAGGCGAUACUCCAACGGCUUUGCAGGGAUAGAGCUAAUAUUACUUACCUCGCCAGGCGAACUUUCAUUUGCAUCAUUCCACUCAAUCCAUGUCCAUCCUUUCGACUUUGUCAACCUUCUCAGAGCUUGCUGUGGAAUGGCACCACUUCCACCAGGAGGGCCCGUGGCUGUGACCGGCGGGUCAUUGCGUGAGACCUGGAGAUUACACGAAGAUAUCGGACCCUUUGUCCGAUAUCUCCUCCUUCUUUCUCCUAUUGGAGAACCACUACCAGGCCAUCUGGACCCUCAUCUGGUUUCAUCACCACCACUGACUGAUCCAAAUAGCUUCCAUGCAUCAAAGAAGCUUAUCCUGGAGCUCUUUUCACCCAAGCUCAGAGAACUUGAUGAACUAUGUCUCUCGUGGUCCAAAAAGACCUACGAGGGUGGAACACAGAUAUCUGUUGAACGUUUCCAGGGUCUUCUUUCCGCCGUCAUCAUUGGGGCCAUGCUGAUACCCCAGAUCUCGGGCCUCGAUUAUACACCUUCUUCCACAGUGGAGUCCGACCUUCUGGUCCUGGCUGAAAAGAGCUUGAGGCUUGCAUCUACUUCAGUCGAGCCUCCGGCAUUCGUAGACUGUACCCUGCGGCUUGUACGGCCGUGUAUACCUAUGUUCUCUGCUGCAUCUCUGGACAAACUGGACAAAGAGGCUCCCGCACUUCUCAACCUUCUGGUCAGGAUACACAGCACUAUGGAUCAGAUGGAAUCUUACCAGGCAUCUGGAAACAGCUGUGACAUCAUGGAUAUUGACCAGGAUUUUGAUUCCCAAGUCAGUAGAGCCAGUGCCACUUCUGGGCCCGUCACCGCCAUCCCGAGGAAAAUCACACGACUCGAAGUCGACUCCAGAUCGUUUUAUAUGGACACAAAAGUGCGGAUGGAAUUCUUGAGGGUUAUCAAGGAUGCAGAGGGACAGAUCGGACUGCUCCCGAGCCAAUUUAUCGACGAGUUGAUCGCCAUGUCGAAUGAGGACCUCUUGUUAUGUCAACGAGUCCUGGUCGACAUAUUCAAAUCCGACCUGGCUGCAAGUCACGAUUCGGUUGUAAAGGUCAUCAAGCGGCUGGGAGCGGUGAUGUCGGAGUCGGAUUACCGAUGCUGCGAGAUUGCUUUGACGCUCUGCAUUGAUGUUAUGGAGGGCUCAAGCAAGGUAUGGCUUGAUGACACACAAGAUCUGGCGGCAGAUGUUGGGGACCUGUAUGUGCACUUCGUCCGGCGCUGUUUGCCAUCAAACAUCUUGUCGGCCAAGGCCCACAUUUCACUGGUUAAUUUAUUGCUAACCCUGCUGCGCGUGGAUCAUGAGUACGGGAAUGACAUGGGCGUCGAGUCUUGCCGGACGUCACUGCUUUAUAUCCUGGAGAUGGCCCCGAUGGAGGUCAAAUACUUCAUUGGACGAAAGAUUGCCUGUGUGUUUGAGCUGUAUGUCCUGAAGCUUCACGACGAUGUGUUCGUGGACGUGCUUGCUAGCCUUCCGAAAGACCAGGACAAUGCUGCAGGCAUCGCCUUCCGACUACUGGUACUGUCGAAACUAGCUUGUCGGUGGCCUACUUUGCUUCGCAGAUGUACUUAUCAUAUCUUUGAAACGCCUGGGAAGAUUGAGUGUUCGGCAGAUCAUGCCACCCGAUGCCUCGCCGAUGUCUCCGAGGCUCUUGAUCUGGACACACCAAAGGAGCUAUUUGGCCUGUUCUCUCGCCAGCUUCUCUAUACCUGGCUCGAAGAGGACAGUAUCGAUACGCUCCCUUAUUCUGUUUUUGGGUUUGACUCCCUCGCCGAUCUUCUUCGCUCUUUCCAAGCCGAGGCCCUGGGAUUGAUCAUCAUGAGAGGCCAAGAUGAGACAAGCGCGAGCAUGGCCAAAUGCAUUGGGGUUCGGGAGAGCGAUCUUCUUAAUAAGAAUUUUGCCACAUCAAUGGCCUACAGCAUGAUGUACGGAGAUGCGUUUGAGGGAGGCAACGAAAGACGAGGCGAGAAGUACAUUGAGAGAAAGCUGAGCAGCCAAAUCUUUAUGGAAGCAAAGUACACCAACUUUGUUGACAUCGUUGCCAUCUUCUUCGACCUGAUCGACCAGGACAACCCGAUAGAGAAGACUUUCCGAAGACAGGACGAUCUUAUGUAUGCUGCCGAGAUCAUGCAAAGGAUGAAAGGCAUAUCCCAUUCAGACUCGGAGCUGCCACCGAACCAACAGCCCAUGUUCAAGGCGAGAUAUCUGAUUGUGGAGAUUCGUCGCCUUUGCGAGAACAUGCUGUUUGACUUUGACGAUCUUUGGACACCUGCACUUGUUUCAUUGAUUGCUAGAAAGCUUCUCAACACAGUGCAUCCUGCCCUAGGCUCACUGCAUGCGUGCUCGGUUCUCCGCAAGAUUCGGAUCCUCAUUUGCUUGGCUGGGCCGAUCGCCAUCAAUUCACAUUGCUUAGAGCUUCUACUCAACUCAACCAGAAGCUUCCUUGUUGAUCCGGAAUGUGCUGAUGACGCGCUAGGUGUUAGCCAUUAUCUCCUGUAUGAGGGAGUUGAAUAUCUCAGCCAAACUCCCUCCUUUGUUGCCGGAUAUGCGCUGUCAACCUUGGCUUCUUUGAGGGUGUUUCUGGAGUCGAGUCAGUCUAGCACGACACAGAAGGAGCAGUUCAAAGCCACCAUGAGCAAGGCAAAGCAGUUUCACUCGUGGUUCACCGAGUACUUGGCGAGUUACGACUCGGCAUCGUUUACGAGUACAUCACAGAGAGAUCUGUUCAAGUCUAUCACAGAGUCGGCGGCACACGUUCAAUCGUCCGGGAAUGCUACCAAAGGAACGGCCGAAAGCAAGCUCUUGUUGUACAUUCUCAUGGACGGUGCCUCCCAUGACCAACUCCUCAAUGAAUCCGCACGCGACGUGGCGCUUGGGAUCUUGUGUAACGACUUUACUAUUCCUUCGCGUGCUCUCGAUGACGUUGUGGACAACGAUGGCGCCGCCGUUCAAUUCGCUGCUGAGAUAUGGAAGAGCUGCAGGGUACACAACCUCAGCGAGAGCUAUCUUUCGUGGGCUGGCAGGGUCAUGGGAAGGUCUUUCGCGGCAAGUGGUAAAAUUCCGGAAGGAAUCCUCCGCGAGACUCAGCUUUCCCAGUACCGGAACAUAGCCAGCGGAUCUAACGCGUCUGAAAGGGGGCUGUUGAAUCUCCUACAGCAGCUGACGUCGAGCCCAGACUCGAUCACGGCCGGCCUGGCGGAGACUGCGCUGCGGAAAGCACUAUCACAGGCCGUAUCUCAAAACGAUGAGCCUUUGCUCAUGGCCGCGCAGAAGACACUUAGGGAACCGCUCUAUCUCGCCUCUCAGUGGGACAAAUACCACCUGCCUCCCUCGGAAAACGACGGCACAUUGCCAUCAAGUAGCGACGGCGCUAUCUGGACUGAGGAGGUAUCAUCUCCAUCAUGGCUGUCACAGCUCUGUAUUCAUCUCACACGCUCGGUCUCCGACUCAAUCAUUCUCUCAGCUCUUCCGCCAAUAUUCUCAAGAGUCGAGGGGUUUGCACAGAAGGCAUUCCCGUUCCUGGUCCAUUUAGUAUUAUGCUUCCAGCUCGACAAACAGCAAUCUGUCAAGCGCCUGCUCUCUGGCGCGAUGAGGAACUGGCUUGGGUCGAACGAGCUUGAAACCAAAGAUGGCAUGAAGCAGCUCCUAAACAUGGUCUUGUAUCUUCGGACUCAGGAGUACCCAAAGGAAUCAUCGAUUGCAGAUCGCACACACUGGCUGGAUAUUGAUUAUUCUCAGGCGGCAUCAGCUGCGUGUCGCUGUGGCAUGUACAAGACAUCUCUUCUGUUUGCAGAGCUGGCCUCGUCCGAAUCUACACGGUCAUCAAGGAGAUCGUCAGCCAUAAGAGAAGAAAGUGUCAACGACACACUGCUGGCAGUCUUUGAGAAUAUCGACGACCCGGAUGCUUAUUAUGGUCUCCCCGAAGACGCGAGCCUGUCCAAGGUUCUCUCUCGUGUCGAAUAUGAGAACGAAGGCAUGAAGAGCCUGGCUUUUCGGGGCGCCCAGUACGAUAGCCAUCUACGGCAGCGAAACCCGUCCUCGGGUAGGGAUGCGCAGUGUCUAGUGAAGACACUGAAUACACUGGGACUAUCCGGCCUUUCGAAUUCCCUCCUGCAAACUCAGCAGAACAUUGGUUCAACUCCAUCGUCUCUGGAGAGUACAUUCCACACGGCUCAGGCACUCGAGAUGUGGAAUCUUCCUGCACCUGUGGCGAGCGACCACCAUGCAGUUGUGACAUACAAGGCUUUCCAAAGCAUGUAUCAGGCGACAAGCGCUUCACUGGUUCAAUCGACCAUCUACGAUGGGUUCAAGAGAACGAUGCACGGACUGACGAACCAGGAUCUCAAUGCAACUGCGAUCCGAAAACAUCUCGGAGCAUUGGCUACACUGGCUGACCUUGAUGAUUUGAUGAACGUACGGGGCCCGUCGGAGAUUGAAGAGAUUCUAGACAAGUUCAAAUCCCGCAGCGAGUGGAUGAAACGCGGACUCUACGAUGACGUCAGUCAGAUACUAUCUUCACGAGGCACUGCUAUGAGUAUGCUAUCACAAAACUCGCAUCUAAUCCAGAAUGCAACGGUCUCGGUUGCGAAGUUCCGGGUAUCUCAGAUGCAAUCCAUGCUGCUGUCGGCUGGCAUAUACCGCUACUACCGAGCAGCGCAGGAGUCGAUUAAUGUGGCGACGACGCUCAUGGGCCUGAUACCCACUUGCGAAGAGCACGGUCUUGUUGUUGACGCUGCUGUCAAGGUUGAAGCGGCAAACUCGCUUUGGGACUAUGGCGAGAUGAGCACUUCAAUCCGUAUACUCCAAGGCAUCGACCGCAGUUCGUCGCUCGUGAAACAGAGCAUUCCCAUCACCCGACCCGACCUGCUCUCUAAGAUUGGGCACCAAGUAUCAGUAGCCCGCCUGGAGAAACCCCAGGAUAUCCAGAAGAAGUAUCUCGAGCCUGCGCUCAAGGAGCUCAGGGGCCGUAGCGAAGGAAGGGAGGCUGGAUUGGUGUAUCACCAAUUUGCCAUGUUCUGCGACGGGCAGCUCCAGGAUCCCGCAAGUAUGGAGGACCUCGCAAGACUCCAGAGCCUGAGAAAGGGAAAAAGUACGGAAGUGGAGCAGCUGAAGUCGCUGAUCGACUCCGCCAAGAACAGCCAGCAGCGGAUCCGGUACAAUCACGUCCUGGCCAAGGAGAAGCAGUGGCUAAGCCUCGACGAGCAAGAACUACGGCGCGUGGAGCAGACACGGAGCGAGUUCGUGCGGCUCAGCUUGGAGAAUUACCUGCUAGCACUCAUUGCCUCGGAUGACCACAACAAGGAUGCGCUGCGCUUCAUCGCUCUCUGGCUGGAGCGUUCGGCCGAGGACUCGACAAAUAAGGCGGUUGUGAAGUAUCUCCGGUCGGUGCCGACAAGGAAGUUUGCUACCUUGAUGAACCAGCUCACAUCUCGACUACAAGACCUGGACAACACGUUUCAAAAACUCCUCAUGGAGCUCGUCUACAACAUAUGCGUCGACCACCCGUACCACGGCAUGUAUCAGAUAUGGUCAGGGACGAAGGCUAAGGCCCAGAGCGAGGAUGAGGUAGCUCUCCAGCGCAUCAGAGCGACGGAAAAGGUCCGCCAGCGGCUGACGGCUACCAAGUCAGUGGCGAAUGCCUGGUUGUCGGUUGAUAAGACGAGCAAGUACUACCACGCGCUUGCCAUGGAAAAGAAUGCGAGCAAGUACAAGUCGGGCAUCAAAGUGAACCUCAAGGAUUCGGUCGCGGCAAACAACUUGGUCAGCUGUCUCAUGAGGUAUCCCAUCCCCCCGCCGACCAUGGAUAUCGAGAUAUCCGUCACUAAGGAGUACUCCAACGUGCCGAUGGUUGCCAAGCUGGAGCCGCAGAUGACGAUUGCGUCGGGAGUCAGUGCACCCAAGAUCAUCACAGCCGUGGGCACCGACGGUGUUCGGUACAAGCAGCUGGUCAAGGGCGGGCACGACGAUCUGCGGCAGGACGCCAUCAUGGAGCAAGUGUUUGCGGCCGUGUCGGCGCUCUUGAAGCUGCACCGCGAGACGCAGCAACGUAGCCUUGGGAUCCGGACAUACAAGGUGCUGCCGCUGACGGCCACGUCCGGGCUGAUUGAGUUUGUGCCCAACACGAUACCGCUGCAUGAAUUCCUCAUGCCAGCGCACGAGAGGUACUACCCGACGGAUCUCAAGGGAUCGCAAUGCCGUAAGGAGAUAUUCAGGGUGCAGAACAAUUCAACCGACACGCGUAUCUCGACGUACCGCAAGGUGACGGACAAGUUCCACCCGGUGAUGCGGUACUUCUUUAUGGAGAACUUUGCAGACCCGGAUGAGUGGUUCUACAAGAGGCUAGCCUACACGCGGACGACUGCAGCGAUAUCCAUGCUGGGACACGUCCUCGGGCUAGGCGACCGGCACGGACACAAUAUCCUGCUGGACGCCAAGACGGGCGAGGUGGUGCAUAUCGACCUGGGAGUGGCGUUCGAAGCCGGGCGCAUCCUCCCCGUUCCCGAGCUGGUGCCGUUCCGGCUGACGCGCGACAUUGUGGAUGGCAUGGGCAUGACCAAGACGGAGGGCGUGUUCCGGCGGUGCUGCGAGUUCACGCUCGAUGCAAUGCGCGAGGAGCAGUACUCGAUCAUGACGAUACUCGACGUGCUCCGGUACGAUCCCCUGUACACGUGGUCCAUCUCGCCCCUGCGACUGGCCAAGCUGCAGAAGGCCAGGGAGAAUGAUGAUGCGGUGCUGGACGAGGCCGACCAGAACGAGGCGGAAGCCAAGAAGGGGGGCAGCAAGGGCAGGAAGGGUGGCGACGUCAAUGAGCCUUCCGAGGCUGACCGCGCGCUCGAGGUGGUACGGAAGAAGCUGUCCAAGACGCUGAGCGUGACGGCAACGGUGAACGACCUGAUCAACCAGGCCAUGGAUGAGUGCAACCUGGCUAUGCUGUAUUCCGGCUGGGCAGCAUAUGCGUGA